AUGGGUAAACUUCAAAUCAAACUUGAGACUUUCUUCUGGGGUAGACCACCUACUGAUCCGAAAGAAAGGAGAUUGCUCUUGAAAUUGGAUUUGGUCAUUCUGUCUUAUGUCUGCUUAUCAUAUCUUGAUAGAGCGAAUCUUGCAAAUGCUUAUACAACCGGGAUGAAAGAGGAUCUGAACUUCAAAGGAAACGAUUACACAUAUGCAGGAUCAAUGUUCACUGCUGGAUACGUUAUUGGACAAUGGCCAUCUGCGUUAAUCUUAUCUUCAGGUAGAGUCUCACCUAGGUUCUGGUUUCCAUUUUGCAUGGUUGCUUGGGGUUUAUGUACUCUAGGUACUGCCUGGGCUACUACACCUUAUCAAGUCUGGGGAAUCAGAUUCACUCAAGCGUUAUUUGAAGCUUCGACAUUCUCUGGAACCCAUUACAUACUUGGAUCAUGGUAUAAAGACCACGAACUAGGUAAACGAAGUGCGGUAUUCGCAACUGCCGCACAAAUGGGGACACUUUUCUCUGGUAUCAUGCAAGGUGGUAUUGUCUCUCACUUGGAAGGCAAAAACGGUCUUCGAGGAUGGCAGUUCUUGUUCAUAAUCGAUUUCGCAAUCACUAUCCCCAUUGCCAUUUAUGGAUUCUUGAUGUUCCCCGGUUCUCCGCACACUACCAAAGCCUUUUGGCUAACGGAAGAAGAACGUGAAAUGUGUUUAAGAAGACUACCACAUACUGAACAUGUUAAAAUGACACCUAAAUCAUUAGGAAAAUCAAUGAAAAAAUUGGUAUCUGAUUGGAGAUGGUAUUUGUUCACUUCGUUAUUCAUGGUUUCUGCCACCGCUUUUGAGAAAGUUGGUGUUUAUACAGAAUUCAAUUUAUGGUUGAAAUCAGCUGGUUAUUCAAAACAACAGAUAUCAUACUACCCAUCAAUUUUCACCGCUAUGGCAAUCCUUUCAACAUAUAUAUUGACUCUAAUCUCAGACGAAACGAGAAAUCGAUUCAUAAUCAAUCCUAUAAUGUUUUUGGCCGUUUUUAUAAGUAGUAUAAUGUUACUCAAUUGGAAUCAUCUUAAUAAAUGUGCACAUUUCUUUGCGUAUAUCAUUGGUGGAUUAGGAUAUGCUGGACAAGCGUCAAACUUCGCUUGGGCAAAUGAGAUGUGUAGAGAUGAUGAUGUAUUGAGAUCAUUGACUUUAUUCUCCAUGAACUGGAAUCUGUGGUAUCAAAUAGUCGCAUGGCCAGUGGUUGAAGCACCAAGAUUCAGGAAUGGUCAAAUUGCAACAUUGGUCACAGGAGCUGUCUCUGUCCUUAUCGCAGCUGCAAUCUUAUAUUGUUCAAGAAGAUGGCCACCGGCAUUACCCAAAGCUGAAAUGGUUGAAGUGGACGGUCGUUUAACUACUUUGACAGGUAAAGGUCCGCAAGAUAAUGGGAAUGGUCAUAAACGAAUUACAGAUGAAGAACACGAAAGUAAAGAUGCCAAUAUCAAUGAUACGAUAUCGACUAUUAAGCAUGUCUAG